AUGAUCGUACAUGGCCGGGCUCAGAGGCAGCUUGACACGCUGCGCGUGUCCCUGCGCCACGAGAAGGGCGAGCUCUUCCGGACCCGUGCGCGCUACUGUGCCGAAGCUAGCGGUGAGCUGGACACAACCCGCGCGCGGCCCUGGGCCUCAGCUGGGAGGCGGGGGCCUCCGGCCUGUAGGGCUCUUGAAGCGGGUGGUGCGAAAGCCCUUGUCUUCGAGCUGGAGGUGCUUGAAGGCCAAGGGCCGAGAGGGCGUGUCCUGGGCCAGGUGGUGCACCAGCGUGACUUCCUUGCACCCGGCAGGCAGCGGGAGCCGGUGGGCACGGGCUGGGUGUGCGCCGUGCUCUUCUUGCCUCCAGGACCUGGACCUUUCCCAGGAAUCAUUGAUCUCUUUGGUCUUGGAGGGGGCCUGCUGGAAUAUCGAGCAAGCCUUCUGGCUGGCCAUGGCUUUGCCACAUUAGCUCUAGGUCAUUAUGACUUUGAAGCUCUCCCCAAGGAGUUCGGCGACCUAAACCUGCACUACUUUGAAGAAGCCCUGUACUACAUGCUUCAACACUCCCAGGUAAAGGACCCAGGUAUUGGCCUUCUGGGCAUUUCUGCAGGGGCUGAUAUUUGUCUCUUUAUGGCCUCAUUUUUGAAGAACAUCUCAGCUACAGUUUUCAUCAAUGGAUCUGUGUUUAGUACAAGCAGAGCCAUAUGCUACAAGGAGACUCGCAUCUCACCACUGGACUACAGUAUGAGGAAAAGCAAGAUACUUUUCUCAGGCCUCCUGGACGUUGUGGUUGUGCUGAAUGAUACUGUAGGAGAGUGUGACAUCCCCUACAUGAUGCCAAUAGAGAAGGCUCAGGGACCUAUCCUCUUCAUUGUUGGUCAGGAUGACCAUAACUAGAGGAGUGAGUUAUUAGCCCAAAUAGCCACUGAAUGGUUACAGGCCUGUGGAAAGGAAAGACCCCAGAUCAUCUCUUACCCCGGGACUGGGCAUUACAUUGAGCCUCCUUACUUCUCCACAUGCCCAGCUUCCCUGCACAUUUUAAUGAAAAAGCCUGUGAUGUAUGGUGGGGAGCCCGGUGCUCAUUCUAGGGCCCAGGUAGAUGCUUGGAAGCAUAUUCUGACCUUCUUCUGCACACAUCUUGUAGGUACCCAGAAGGGAGCAUCUCCCAAGUUAUAA